AUGAGCUUAUUAAGGUCGGUAUGUAAUGUGACGAAGUUCUUGAGACCUACUUCGAAUUUGUCAUCGUUUUGUCCAGCUACUCUUGUUGGUCAAAGACGUAGUUAUGCAGCUGAGGCCAAACCAGCAGUUGUAACACCUGGUGCCAAAACUGGUUCAACGGGUCGAGUUGUAGCUGUUAUUGGUGCUGUCGUUGACGUUCAGUUUGAUGAGAACUUGCCACCCAUUCUGACUGCUUUGGAAGUUAAGGGCCGUACUCCUCGCUUGAUUCUUGAAAUUGCCCAACACCUUGGGGAAAAUACAGUACGUACAAUAGCUAUGGAUGGAACGGAGGGUCUAGUUCGUGGCCAGCAGUGCGUCGAUACUGGUGGUCCUAUAUGCAUUCCUGUAGGGCCAGAGACUCUUGGUCGUAUCAUGAACGUUAUCGGAGAACCAAUCGAUGAGAGGGGGCCAAUCAAAACUAAGAUGAUGUCAGGUAUACACCAAGAUGCACCUGACUUCAUCGAAAUGAGUACUGAACAAGAGAUUUUAGAGACAGGUAUCAAGGUAGUAGACCUGCUAGCUCCAUAUGUAAAGGGGGGAAAAUUGGUCUUUUCGGAGGUGCAGGAGUAG